AUGUCCCUGAUGGAAGCGCCAUCCCAGGCCCACGAGCCGGGAAAGGACCUGAGCGCAGAGGAUAUCCAAGAGCGAUCAUUGAGCAGUCAUGACGGCGACGCAGAACCGAACAACGAGCCCGAUGUUGAGGAUAUCGAGCGCAUCUACAGAAAAUUGGACCUCCGUAUCAUCCCCGCAUUCUGGGUCCUCUACUUCCUUUGCGCGGCAGUGCGCUCCAAUGUCAGUCUUGCGCAAACCAUGAAUACCGACGCUGGUCACGAUCUCGGCUCCGUCCUCAACGCUACUCCACACCAAAUCUCUACGGGUCUGGCGCUGUUCUACGUGUGCUACGUCGUAUUCGACCUGCCGUCCAACCUCAUAAUGACCCGUUUGAGCCCGCACGUAUGGAUGAGUCGCAUCGUCAUCAGUGUCGGUGUCAUUGGCAGUUGCAUGGCCGCCAUGAAAGCCGCAUGGAGUCUAUACCUCCUCCGUCUCCUCCUAGGAAUCGUCAUCGCGGGCAUGUGGCCCGGCAUGACCUACUACCUGACACUCUUCUACCCCCCAUCGCGCACCGGCAAGCGCAUCGGCCAAUACUACACCGCAGCGCAAGUCUCCGCCGCAGUCGUCGGUCUGGUAUCAGCCGGAUUCCAAGAAAUGGACGGUGAGCGCGGCAUGGUCGGCUUCCAAUGGAUGUUCCUCGUCUACGGCGUAAUCACCAUCGCCGUCGGCAUCGUCCUCCUCUGGUGGCUACCGGACCGACCCCUCGCCCCAGGCGUCGAACCCCCACACCGCAAAUACCUCUGGUGGUUCCCACGCAGUCCUCCAGCCCUCACAGGCCGAGACGCCGAAAUCCACUACCACGAUCUCAAGCGCGUAUACCACCGCGCGCAAUGGACCUGGAUGGACCUCGCCCGCGUAUUCAUGGACUGGCGCCUCUGGCCCCUCCUGAUCAUGUACUUCGGCGUCGUGGGCGUAGGCAUCGGCGUCCAAAGCUACGCGACGGUAAUCAUCGAAGCAAUCAACCCCUCCCUCAGCGGAAUCGACCUGAGUCUUCUCUCCGCUCCGAUCUGGAUCAUGGACCUCAUAGCCAUCGUCCUCGUUACCCCCUUCUCAGACCGCUUCCACCGGCACCGCGCCCUCUUCUUCUCCAUCCCAGUCCUCCUCCAAAUCCUCGGCCUCCUCCUAACGACCUACGCCGGAACCGACACCAACUCCUGGCCGCGCUACGGCGGCCUCCUAAUCGUCGGCUUCGGACUGGGCCCCACCGUGCCCAUCACCAUGACCUGGACCGCGGAGGUAUUCCAAGGCCGCCACGGCGAGGUCGGCGUGGCCGCUGCGUCGGCGGUAGUCUCCGGAUGGGGUAAUCUGGGGAGUAUAUUGACGACGUAUGCGCUGUAUUCCGGGUGGAAGAGCGAUUACGAGGCGCCGGGCAGGGCCAAGUAUCGGAAGAGUAAUCUGGUCAUGGUGGGGAUUUUGUGUGCGAGCAUUUUGGCGGCGGUGUUGAUGCAGGUUCUUGUCAGGGUGAUUGAUGGGAAGAAGGGUGGGGAGCAGGAGCAGGAUAAGAUUGUGGAUGGGGCGGCGAGGAGGGAGGCGAGGCAGAGGGGGUUGGAUGGCUUGGGGAAGGGGAUGUUUAAGUUUUGGAAGAAGGCGCGGUGA